UGGAGCCCACAGCGCCGGCUGCGCCUCGCCUCCCUCCUCCCUCUGCAGACACAUCGAGACACAAAAAGAGGCUGGAGCGAGCUGGCAGAAAAGCAGCACCAUGACCGAAACCACCAAGACCCACGUUAUCCUGCUGUCCUGCGGCAGCUUCAACCCCAUCACCAAGGGGCACAUCCAGAUGUUCGAAAGAGCCCGGGAUUAUCUGCACAAGACUGGAAGGUUCAUUGUAAUUGGUGGAAUCGUCUCACCUGUACAUGACUCCUAUGGGAAGCAGGGCCUGGUCUCCAGCCGACACCGUCUGACCAUGUGCCAACUGGCUGUCCAGUCCUCUGACUGGAUCAGGGUGGACCCCUGGGAGUGCUAUCAGGACACCUGGCAGACUACCUGCAGCGUACUGGAACACCACCGAGAUCUGAUGAAGCGAGUGACUGGCUGCAUCCUCUCCAAUGUGAACACACCUUCCAUGACCCCAGUGAUUGGACAGCCCCAGAAUGAGUCUCCACAGCCCAUUUACCAGAACAGCAACAUUUCCAACAAGCCCACAGCAGCAAAGAUCUUGGGGAAGAUGGGAGAAAGCCUGAGCCGGAUUUGCUGUGUCCGUCCGCCAAUGGAGCGCUUCACUUUUGUGGAUGAGAAUGCAAAUUUGGGGACCGUGAUGAGAUACGAGGAGAUUGAGCUUCGUAUCUUAUUGCUUUGUGGCAGUGACCUGCUGGAGUCCUUCUGUAUCCCAGGCCUCUGGAAUGAGUCUGACAUGGAGGUGAUUGUCGGGGACUUUGGGAUCGUGGUGGUGCCCCGGGACGGCACAGACACAGACCGGAUUAUGAACCAUUCCUCAAUACUCCGCAAGUACAAAAACAACAUCCUGGUCGUGAAGGACGACGUGAACCACCCAAUGUCUGUCGUCAGUUCAACUAAAAGCAGACUGGCCCUGCAGCAUGGGGAUGGACACGUUGUGGAUUACCUGUCUCAGCCCGUCAUUGACUACAUCCUCAAGAGCCAGCUGUACAUCAACGCCUCUGGUUAAAGCCUGAGGUGCUGCAGCAAGGCAGCCCCACCGCUCCACUUCCCUCCAGCUCUCCAUCACACUUCUCGCUCUCUGUGUGUCUGUCUCUCUCUCUCUCUCACAGCCUCCGGCGCGUCCGCCUGUCUCACUCACUGACUCUAGCGCUCCAUAGUGCAGGAAUCUCCAGGGAGCUGUGACAAACCCCCAAUGGUACACAGCUCAGCAAUCUACUUCGGAGAACCCUUCCCCUUCAUAAACCGGGGGGCGGGGGUACGGUAAAUAGAGAUGUACCCAGCAUGCUUUAGGGAGGUGGCUCUGGUGUCCACCUUCUCAGCAUGCCCUAGGGAAGUGGCCCUGGUUUCCACCUUCCCAGCAUGCUCCAGGAACAGGGGCUCGGUCUUUUCCCAUCUUACGGCACUUAAGCUAAAUAAAACACGGUGGAUCUUUUUAUUAAUAGUUUUAGUGUGAGCCCUUUGGCCUCGCAACAUGAUGCACUAUGUCUGUGCUUGGCAAUGGGAGAUCCUAACCCACUUGGCUCAAUGCCCAGACUUGGGCUAGGCUGAGAGCGCUGCUCAGGCCACUUAUGGGACAGUUUAGCUUUGAAGUGAAAAAGAACUGUGAAAAUUCUGAAAUGGUUUUCUGGAGCUAAGGCUCCCAGGGCGGAGGGCGGGGGCAGCAGGGGGAAGCACACCUGGCAGCAGUUGCUUCUGCUGUAGAUAAUUAUUCAUUUGGAGGGGCCUCCUUUAAUCUUCACUUGACAUGAACCUGGUCACUCCAGGAUGUCCCUUAAGUGGUCAUGCUGUGUUUGAGUCACAGAUGGCGGGUACCUGACACAGAUCCUAGAAAGGAACCUGUCAUACCAGACUAGAUCACGGGAACUCAAAAGCAAACGGCAGCUGAAGGCCACUGGUCGUGCUUCUCUCAAGCCCAACCAUUAGGUUUUGUAGCGUCACAACA